AUGUGGGCCGCAAUAUGCGAUGGCGUUUGCAUGUUCUGGGCCGGCUUCUUGCUCGUCUGGCGCGGGCUGCGGCGGGCCUACGCGAUCACGCUCUGGACGGCUCUCGCGUACGUCUUCUGCGCUGGCGUCUUCAUCCUCGUCAUAGCCUGGCUCCUGGCGUUCCUGGGGAGCGCCACGGCACCGGUUUUCGGCUUCUUCCGCACCGCCCUGGGCUCCAUGAGCCGGUGGUGGAGCUGGUCUCAGCCGUCUGAGCCGUCGACGAGCCCUGCCAGCACCCUCGCCACGGCGACCCCUGCGGUAUCCGGCCUGUCGACGGGCGUGACGGCGUGCGGCCGGUUUCUGGCGACCAGGCUGAGCACUGCCAUUGUCAACCGGUUUUACGCCGAGCUACGGUGCCAGCGUGCGGUUCUUGACCGCGCCAGUCGCAUCACCGAAAGCGUAGCAGAUAGGCUCGACCAGCUGGGCGGGACGGGUGGCGGAGAGAAGCGGACGUCCAGCCUCUUGGAGCGUCUUGGAGCCAUCUUCCCAGGCCCUGGGCGGGAGCUGGCAAGGCUCCAGGGGACCUGCCUGCGCGAGCUCCGGUCCGUAUCUCAGCUCCUCGGGGAGGCCCGGUUGGCGCACGCUCGUUUCCACGCACGACUCGGCAACUUCACAGACACUCAACUGGAAGCUCUUAACGGGAUGCCAAGACCUUCAACCGGCUGGGCCGGGACUCACGGGCCGGGUGUAUUCUUUCAAGCGGCCAUCCAUCGUCUGAACGCAUUGGUUGACGCCGACUCGGGAUCCGACAUAGACGGCUCGGAGCUGUUGGCGAAGAUCGCCUCAGACCCCGAGCUGGCCUCGUUUAUCCGGGACCUUCACACGGCCCAGGGCGCGGGCAGCGUGUUCAGCUGCGUGUUUCUGAACGCCAUCAAGAAGCUCGAUGGACUGGCCACGAAGCUGGGGGACGAGAGUGUCUGGGCAGAGGAAUACCUGGAGCGCUCGCUUGCUACCCUUGAGGACAGCCUGUCUCUGCACCAGGCCCUCACGCUCUCGGAGCUCGAAACUUAUGUGCAGGGCCUCUCGGAGGUGACUAUUGAGUGGCGCGACAAGCUCUGGGAACUGUAUUAUGAGAUACCUUAG